UUCCUGCCAGACCUGCUGAGCUUUUCCAGCAGUUUCUGUUUUUUUGUCUCCUCUAUUCCAUUCAGUUUAUCCUACCAUUCUCAUUUGGAGGAAAAGUCAUAUUGAGCUCCAAAUACUAAUUCCGUGUUUUCUCUCCCUUCGCCCUGGCUCGCUCUCUCCACAUGUGCUACUCAAACUGACUGAGUCUUUGUAGGGGAGGUGGGAUUGUGUUCAGCCCCUCAGCCAUCUUCUAGAUCUCAUUGAUUCUACUGGCGAAUCAAAGUUACGGGGAGGAUCAUCUCUUGAAAGUUCCUAGUCUUCGCAAAGGAAGUUGUGUGUUCAGUUGUGACUGACUUUAAAUGUAUCUAAGUCCUUGACAAUAAAUGUUGCUUCUAACAUUCCAUUGCAAAAGCUUUUAUUAUUUCUUUUAAAAUUGUGCAACAGUGACAAAUUUCUUUGCUUCCCAACACCCCUUGUUUCCUGAACUUCUCUGCUUAAAUCUCCAUUCUUUCUUUCUGUCAUUGUGCCAUUCUGCUACAGCUUCUAUGUUGCACCUGGCCUAUCGGUCUCCUUUUCAGAUGUUAUCUUCUCCACGUGCUCUCUAUUUCUAUCCUGAAUUGCUAUCCUAUAUUUUUAGUAGCCACCCUCCUUAGGCUAUUUAACAUCAAGCUGCUCCCACUGAAUGACAUCACAUAUAAACAUGCAGCCAGCCUUCUGCCUAUCUGCAAUAACUUUCCUAUCAUACUCCAUAUUCAAGUAACCUUUAAUUGAUGCUCCUAAUCAAGGCAAAUUGCAGGAGUGUGUUGUGACAGAAACAAUUCUUGUGUUCUGAUGACAUAGCAACAUAUAACCACUGUUUGGGUUAGUGUUAAUUUUUCACAUGCCUCUGAAAUGUUAAACCUCUGCAAUUGGAUCAGAUGUUAAACAGUGCCUAUUACUGUUGGAGAGAUGCAAAAUAUCUGAUGGCCACUGUCUGAAGCAGGGAAGUUCUCAGCUGUCCUAGCUAAUAUUUAUCACGUGAUUGUGAGUUAGGAGCAGUAGUAGGCCACUCAGCUCCUUGAGUCUGUUCUGCCCAUCAAUAAGGUAAUGUCUGAUCUGAUAACCUUUCACCCCGGCUUAUCAAGAAUCUAUCCAUCUCCAAAGCCUUUGAGGAAGAGUUGGAAAGAGUUAAAACCACAGCUUAGCUAGUUGCUGAAUGCUGGUAAACAGAGCGCUCAGAUACUUUGUUCCCCGCACUUUGAAUGUCACUUGGAUGGUGAUAAGGAGAGCAGUGCAGACAGAGUCUCUGUUACAUGUAACUGAAGGGAGCAGCUCCAUGAUGGAAACGGGAGAGGAACGGCACGCGGAGCUGAACCCGAUGUGUACCAGCAAUGGCAGUGGGCAGUGUCAAAACAUCAGCCUUUUGGAGGCUGCUGAAGACUGUUUACCAAAUAGCACAACUCCUCCAGGAGCGACGCACACAGAGACUGUUAUAAAUGAGGGGAAGGCGAAAAUUAUCUUCCCCAGUGUGAAUGAAGUGUUUUAUAACCCUGUGCAAGAGUUUAACCGUGACCUCACGUGUGCUGUCAUGACAGAGUUUGCCCAACAGCAGCUGCUGUCCAAGGGGAUUAAAGUGCGAAUCCCUGGAGAGGAGGAAAGGCAGAAAAUCGUUGUCAACUUGAUGGAGAACGCAACUGCUGGAAUUGCAUCAGGAUCAGGAGAUGCUUCGGUGUUAAAGAGAACUGCCACUGUCGGGGAGAAAUGUGAGGAUGGGAUUCGAGUUCUAGAGGGAUUAGCAGCAUCUGGACUUCGCUCAAUCCGAUUCGCCAAGGAAGUUCCUGGAAUUCACAGUAUUGUGGCAAAUGACUUUUCCGAGAAAGCGGUGACGCUAAUGAAGAGAAAUAUUGAGCUGAAUGGAGUGCAGCACUUAGUAACGGCCAGCUUGGCAGAUGCAAGCAUGCUCAUGUACGGGUCCAGGAGGAGGCAGGACCGGUUUGAUGUGAUUGACCUGGAUCCAUAUGGAAGCCCGUCGCAGUUCAUCGAUGCAGCUGUUCAAGCAGUGAGUGAAGGAGGGCUUCUCUGUGUGACAUGUACUGAUAUGGCAGUAAUGGCUGGGAACAGUGGGGAGACCUGUUACAGCAAGUAUGGAGCCAUGUCACUGAAGUCAAAGUUCUGUCAUGAAAUGGCUUUGCGCAUCAUCCUACACAAUUUGGAUCUUCGUGCAAACUGCUACCAGCGAUACAUUGUUCCUCUCCUCUCUGUCAGUGUGGACUUUUACAUUAGAGUGUUUGUCCAGGUCUUCACAGGACAAGCUAAGGUGAAAGCAUCUGCCAGUAAACAGGCUCUGAUAUAUCACUGUGUGGGCUGCGGUACCUUCCACAUUCAGAGGAUGGGCAAAAUGAUCAGCCACGGUAACAACUACAAAUACACAGCGAGCUCAGGACCACCCGUGGGAGCAGAGUGUGAGCAUUGCUACCAGAGGCAUCUGCUUGGUGGCCCAAUCUGGGCUGAGCAAAUCCACGACCAAGACUUUGUAGAGAGAGUUCUCAAAUCAGUUGAACACAACCCGAAGCGGUUCAAGACGUCUGAUAGGAUCCUGGGUAUCCUCAGCAUGGCCAAGGAGGAGUUGCCAGACUGCCCUUUAUACUACACCAUGGACCACCUGAGCAGUAUCAUCCGCUGUAACACCCCAUCGCUCCUACAGAUGAGGUCUGCCUUGCUGCACGCUGGUUAUCGAGUGUCUCUCUCACAUGCUUCCCAAAAGGCUGUUAAAACUGAUGCACCACCUUCAGCGAUCUGGGAUAUCAUGAGGUGCUGGGAGAAAAUCCACCCAGUGAAGCGAGAGAAACUGUCUGAAAGCUGCCCUGCCUUUCGAAUCCUCAGCAAAGAGCCUGUUCUGCAGGCUUGCUUUGAUAUCCGGGAAGAUGCAAAUCCCAAAUCUAGAAAGCAAGGCCUAAAAAGAUUCCAGGAAAACCCGGAAGCCAACUGGGGACCAAAGGCAAGGGCUAAAAUUGGUGGAGGAAUUUCCCAAACUUUGGAAGAGAAAAGAAAACGGCUGCAGAAUAAACGGAAGCUGAAACUGUGCGAUCCAGAUUCUGGGAAGACUAUCCCCUGUAAAAUAUUCCGAGAGGGAGACUGUACCUCUGGAGAGGAGUGUCACCAGGAAGCAACCACAAAGAGAAGUGACCAAUAAGCGUCAGAGGUGCAAUUUUCUGUGUCACCUGUCAGAUUGCAAAUAACAACCCACUGGAGCAUGAUGGCAGGAUCCCAAUAUAAAGUGUAGCAUUUGACAUGCAUGUUCCAUAAUUAAACUGAAUUUUUUAAAGAA